GUUCCGGCUGGCUUGAGGAGGCGGAGGGAAGAGCGGAAGCGGUGUGAUGUCACGCCCGGGUUUCGUUCGCUGCGUCUCGUCGGUGGGCCCCGCGGCAAGAUGGCGGACCUGUCUCUGGACGAGCUCAUACGGAAACGCGGUUUGACGGUGAAAGGGAGGCUCAACACAAGGCCAGUGUUUGGAGGUGUAAGAUCUCGCAUUGGGAUCCAGCAAACUCUUCUAAAUAGAUCAUCACCAGCUGUCAGCUUCCAGCGGACAUUUGAUGCCCGGCAGAAGAUAGGACUCGCUGAUGCCCGACACAAACUGGGGGUUAAAGAUGCCCGUGAAAAACUGGUUCAAAAGGAUGCACGGUUCAAAAUCAAAGGGAAGGUGCAGGAUGCUCGAGAGAUGUUGAAUUCCCGUAAACAGCAGAGUGUUGCUGCUGAAAAGGUGACCAAAGUGGUGGAUGCCAGAGAGAAGAUCAGCUUAAAAAGGAGCGCUCCAGCUGCUAUCAGCCCAGCUCUGGGGACAGUAAAUCCAGCCGUGAAAAUCACCAAAACUAUCCAACAGAAAGCUCCAGUUCCUGGCCACUCUCAUACAGCAGGAAUGAGGAUCAAUGUGGUGAACAACCAUACACACAAACAGGGUCUGUAUGACAUGGAAGAUGAUGAUGAAAGUGUCUCUCCCCUUAGCAGCAAACAGAUGAAAAUCACCACCACAAACAGUUUCCUGCACAACGUGGCUGGGCUGAGUGGCAAUAAAUUCUCUCUGUCCAAGACUGUUCCCCUGACUAAAGUGGUCCAGAAUGAUACAUACACAGCUCCACCUGCACCUCCCUCUCCCAUGCGGACAAAAGCCUUGACAAACAUGUCCCGGACCUUAGUGACAAAGGAGGAGCCUCCAAAAGAACCAGCACCUGUUGAGCUGGCAUUCAGUCCUUUGGAAGGCACAAAGAUGACCGUAAACAAUCUUCAUCCUCGAGUCACAGAGGAAGACAUUGUUGAGUUAUUCUGUGUGUGUGGCGCUCUGAAGCGAGCCCGGCUGGUGCACCCUGGAGUGGCUGAGGUAGUAUUUGUGAAGAAAGAAGAUGCUAUCACAGCAUAUAAGAAAUACAACAACAGGUGCUUAGAUGGUCAACCAAUGAAAUGCAAUCUUCAUAUGAAUGGGAAUGUCAUCACCUCAGACCAGCCUAUACUGCUCCGAUUGAGUGAUACCCCCUCAGUGAAGAAGGAAGGAGAACCACGCCGGUCAAGUGCAAGCACCUCCUCAAAUCCCCCAGCCGAGGUGGACCCUGACACUAUCUUGAAGGCACUCUUCAAAUCUUCGGGGGUCUCUGCCUCUGUGCAGCCCACAGAAUUCAAAAUUAAACUCUGAGAAGGGGGCACUAGCAGCGGACUGGAAAUUUUAAGUUGAAGAAUGAGAAAAAUGCAGGAGUGCAGAUGUUAUUUGCAUUUACCUGCCUUGACAUUUUUUUUUUCUUUUGUUUUCUAUGAUCGCUACCUUACUGUACAGUAGUGUUUCCUCUUGUGUGUGUACUUUUCUGUUUUCAUAGUUGGAGUUUUCUUCCACAAUUUUUUUUCCAAAAGAGUAACUUCCUCCUUCUGCCAGUAAUGUAUUACGAGGCAUAUACCAUGUAACUCCCUCCUUAACUCCAAAGCCCCUAGUGGCCAUUAAAGUGCACAUAGACUUUGAGAGAAGGAGUGGGAAUCUCCUUCUCUUUUCUUCUGACUGACUUUUAACUAAAAACUGCAUCACCUUGGUUAUCAACAGGCAAGAACACCACAUUGUUUCUGAAAUUGCUGCACGGGGUACAAAGUCAGGUGUGGCUCCAUAAAAGAAGCACCAUCUUGCAUCUUUGACUUGUAUGCAUUUGAUAGCAUACUAUUUCAUUCUGGCUGUUGGACAUUUUUCUGCUCAGCAGCUGUGUCAUUGAGAAGAAGUAUGAAAAACUGAGCUUCCCACUGUGUGUACCAGCCAAAGGAGGCAGCAGGCAGAAAGAACAUAUGCACAAGUGUGCCCCCCAUUGUGCUACUGGAGGGAAACUUCAACUCUAGUAAUGCAGAGAGAUGCAGGGAAGAAAAGGGUCUGGCAUUUGUACAAUGUAUAUAUUAGCCCUCUAAGGUCAGGAUCAGUUGCUCUCAUCUUUCUGGACCAAAAGUGUUGUGUUCAGAGCUAGAGGAAUCCAAGUGUUUCACUCCCAUUAGGCUACUGCAGCCUCCUGCUCAUGCAGGGACAUGAAUUUUUUUUCUGUACCUUCUAGUCUCCUAUAAGAAGGAAGGAACUGGGGUCUUCUACAGAUUCUAAUGGCUGGGAAGCAUUUGUCUUGCACCUGAGAACUCCCUUCCUUGCGAGAUGUCACUUGGGCAAUGUUUGGCUGCUGUGCUACUUCCAUGCAUGGGCUUGGAGAAUGAUCACUGCGCUUCAUGGCUUGGAGGGGAGGUUUGGGAAAGGAGAGGAGUUAGCACUCUGUAAGGAAUACAUGAGGGAGGUGUUACAUCCCAGGUGGAGCAGCAAGAAUGAACCUUGGGGCAGUGAGCAUCCGUGAGGAAGCCACAGGCCACUAGGUGGCACUUACUGUAAGUCCUACGUUCGACAGCAUUAUUGCCAUGGGUAUUUGAAGUCCCAGUAGCUCCAUUCCUUUGAAUUUAUUCAAAUCGUGUUAUAAGAUAGGAAAGCAAAGAGCCACUUCUGGAAUCUUGCUGGCAAUCGAGCUUGAUUCUUCUAGCUAGGAGACUAACCUAAUCCAUUCUGUUCAGCUCCAAUGAACUUUAAUGAACUGUCUGUUUGAGGUCCAGGUUCCAUUCCUCAGUCAACGCUGUAUUUGUUCUACUUUCUUGUUCUGUACAAACUCUUCACUCUGUCUAGCUCAUGCAAUCCAUUCCUCUAUUUCACUGUAUCCCUUUUAGCCAUGGAAAUAACUGAGGAGUUGGCAGGAGUUGUUUUUCUGGAGUACUUAACUUGGUUUGGAAGCCAAUGACACCAUUAUGGGUAGGGUGCUUUGUGUGAGCAGCAGAUGUUUGUAGGGGGGGGACUUCAGAAAGCUAUUCUCCUUUUUUAGAUUGCCCAUCAAACACCUGUGUUUUAUUAAAAAAUGGGGGGGAUGGGGAGGAAACAUUAGGGGUUUGAGAAGAUAAUGUAUUACCUGUUUCUGAAUAAACGUUUGUUAUACAGA